UUUUCAGAUAAACUGUCAGCAGUUUGAUUACAAGUAAAUCUUCGUAUAUAGACAAAAAUGUGCCCUGGAAAUGGCAGAAUCACUGUUUCAACUAACUAGGUAGGCGAAGUGAAUUCAAAAACUUGUAUGACAAAGGAAAGCAAUCAAGAGCUUUUUAUUUUCCGUCUGCAUCCAACAAUGCUCGUCAGCGCUCCAAAGAAGAUUCGGUAAAAUUAACAGCAAUUUUAUUUUAUUAUUAUAUGAGAUUGAAUGAGCUAAGUAUUGACGUGUAAUUGCUGUUAUGUCAAUCAAAUUGACAUCACAAAAAAACUAAUAGUGAAGACCAUAAAUUAUUCGACUUCGAAAGUAACAAUAAGAGUGCACAAUAAGAACCGUCUUUACAAUGGACUCAGACGAUGACGACUACGUACAAAAUAGAAGCUAUCCUGCUGAGUUUAACCUAAAAAAACAUGUCACGAGGUUGAAAAAAGAGAACGAGAAAGAAUUCGCCAGUCGUCUCACUGAAGAAAUUUGGGAUCCAUUUGAAUCGGACGGGGUGAUAGCAAUAAAAGAAGAAAUUGAAAAAACCGAGAAGGCAUCGUGGGAAGUAAAUCAGACAGGUGGCAGCGGUGAAAAACCAACCAUAAUGUCAAGGUACAUUGAUAACUUUCGACGAGCUCCUGCUAGAAGCAGACAAGAAAGAGCGACUGAAAAGGAUAAAAUAGUGCCGAUAACGAUGACCUCUUUAGCUGAGACGUCUAAUCAUCCAGGCUUCACUGAAUCGAGUUCAUUGCUGUCACGACAACUAUCGAAAACCAAAGACUCCAGUGCUCAAAACAUACCAGUCGCUGAAACGCAAAAGGACUCGGGGGAAAACUUGGAAGAACUUAACCGGAGAAUCGAACAACUUCUUUCAACCAGUCAAAGUCUGUCGGUGUCUGUCUCUUCGAGUGUUUCGCACGACAGAGACUCGCUCCUGACAGAACAGCGCUCGCAUGGUGGAAAUCAGACUCAGAAGUCAAAAGAUGCAGACGUGUUUGGGCAGUUAUCAGUGGCCAAACUCAACGCCAAGGGAGGGCCAAUCAAGAAAGAGGACGACAUUCUCUAUAAAUGGAGGUUGAGACGGAAGAUAGAGGGUGCCAAACACCCAACGAGGCUAGCCACUGAGAGAAGAGUAUUCAAGCAAAUGCAGUCUGAAAAUUCGAAUCCACCGGAAUCAAAAAGAUGGCACGGAUUGACAUCUGCAGAGAAACCUUUCACAGAAAUAGAUGAAAGACAGCGAACCACCAUUGUUUCGUUAUCUGAAUUGCGUGCCAAACUGAAAUCAUCAGAAGUAGCCUCGUCAGAGAGACCAGGGCUAACCGAUGGAGCUAAACCACAUAGAGGUCAUAUUUUGGAUGCUGUUGUGAAUACAUUGGAAGGAGGGUCUUCGUUAUCUUAUACCGAAACUAACGAAAUUGGUGAAAGAAAUCGGAAAAUCGAGGCGCGAAAUGAAAAGAAAACAAUUGAUACGCUGGAUUUUGCUUGUCAGACUGAAGGAAACGUAGGAGCUGUUGAAACCGAUAUUCAGCGCAUCAAAAGAACACUAAAUGAACAAGGCUUUUCAAUUAACGAAUCAGCAUCAUCUUCACUUGCUCAGAGUAGAGAUCACCAACAAUUGCAGUAUUCAGCGAUGCCCUCUUGGAUGAGCGGUCCGUUUGGCUCACAGCAUGUCAAUUACCCCAUGCCGUCUUCUAGUAUGAAUCAUAGCUGUGGUUUCACUCAUCAGAACCAGUAUCAAAUGCAACCAUUCUUUAUGGCACCUAGUCAUCCUAACUCCCACAUGUAUCCUUUACCCCCAACAUCACGCCAAAGUCAUCAUUAUAUCAAUCCCCCUGUGUAUAAUACACCUGCUGUAGCAUCAAUGGGAGACGUUGGCAAUAGUUAUAACGAUAGUUCGAAUGUUGCUGUCCAUGUACCACCAGUGUCUCCCAGAAGUUCACAGGAGUGCAAAGGUUUCCGCGGCAGCAGAGAAAGACCUAACAAAUCUGAAGGUGGUGCUAAUCAUCAACAGAGGAGUCAUCUGGGGCAAAAAUUGAGAAGUUUGGACUCGACGAUCACACAUGUGUCUUCACUUGAGACUAGCACCAAUUUAGAAGACACAACAUUGAAUGCAUCAACGAUAAGCAUUGUAUCAACUGCGAGUGGACAGCAGGUGCCUCUUCAAUUACCAAAUUCACAGGACAAACGAGAAAACCUUAUUGACGACUCAGUUGCCGAAAAGAUUCACUUUGUGCCAAAGAAAAGAAGUCACCAGAAGACCAAACUGCAAAAGGCACCACUAGCUCCAGCGAAGUCUUCUUUUCAAGUUACUGAAGUGAAACAUCAGACUCGGGAAAACGACAGGAUCCAUGAAAAGAUAAACAUUCCCGUUUCAAAGCUAGAAUUGGAUAAUGUUAAAUCAGUUUCCACCCAGAGCAAAAAGGUUGAAUCAGUAUCUAAAAAGGACCUUCCUUGUUUAGUGAGUGUUAUCAAGUCAUCAGCCGACACUUUAAUGUGGUGCAAAAGUGACCAUGUUGUCACAAAGCCUAGACUUAAACAUGUCGAUCUGAAACUGCAUGUUGCUGUUCCUGAACAGUGUGUGUUUCGCGAAUCAAGUAUGUUUAGAGAAGUCAUAGCUAUCAAUUCAGAGGAGCUGACACCUGUUGUAUCUAAGGAGUCCAAUGAAACGAUAGGGUCUGAGGCAGCGCAAGAAUCUCAGAACAUAGAUGAAACUGUAGAAAAUGGAUCAAUAUCACGAAUAGGUCCUUAUGGGUCCGAAACCAAAGAGUCCGGUGUGCAUUUAACAUCUAAAGCGGAAACAUCCAGUUCAGCUGUGCAAACUGAAGUUGAAAAUUAUUACAGGCACUCGGCCAAUUAUAAUUAUUCGGAAGACUUUGAAGCUGAAACUGAAUCAGUUUGCGAAAGUUUAUCGACUGCUGAUCAAGUGUCGACCUUGUCUCAGGAACUAGCGAAUCCUAAAGGGUCACAUGAUUAUCUAAAGGAAAAUCAGAGAAGAAACAUAAGAGAAAUUGGUACCCAGGUUUCUGUUGAAGUCUUAUUUCAAGGGAAUCAGCAGAAUGAUGAUACAAUUGUAAAUACUUCUGCGGUCUCCGAACCUAAUCGAACUUUCAGUGAUGCAUUUGUACAAACAGAAGGCGAAGAACAGCAAAGCAUACCAGCUAGAAAAGAAAAAUCUUCAGGCGUGGAAACAGUCAAACAAAGAGAUGGGACAACAGAAGAGGCUAUUGAUGACGUGGAAGGAACUUCAAUUAAUGGCUCCAUAUGUGCGAGCGGCGAGGGUUCCAGUGACGCGGAGGAGAUAUCCGACAGUGAAGUGGAGCGAGUUCUUAUGGAAAGUGACCACGAAAACACAUCGCAAGAAGACAAUGUCUUAGAUUCGCCGACCAAUGCAGUUGACCGAGAGCUCCUUAGUGCGUACGAAAAAGCUUGUGCCGAGAAAGAACGCCUAGAGACGCUAGUCAAAAUUCUCAAACCAAAAUAAACUCAUUUCAAUAUCUCUCAAUUUGUAAAUAUGUUCAUAUUGUAUGUUCUGUUCUUCUUUGAAUUGAUUUAUAUCUGAUUAUAAUUUCUGGCGGAAA